AUGUCGUCUGAGAAGACACCCAUUCUGGGCUCUCAGCCCUCUCAGCGCCGGUCCCUUGGCUAUCACCUCUACAGUAUUUACCUGUUCACUCGAAACGAUUUCAAAGUCAUUCUGUAUCCCCAAACGGCAGUGGGCAUCUUUCAAGCCCUCGCCGGGGGUCUGUUGACUACCAAUUCCACACCCAGUCUCGGGUUAAUCCUGGCUCGACUACCCCUGGUAGCCUUUUGGAACUGGUUCAACCUACUGGUGUUCAAUCUUGCCAACCAGCGACUUCCCAGUUCCGUCGUCGAGGACUCUUUCAACAAGCCAUGGCGUCCCAUCGCAGCCGGCCGAGUAUCACCGGACGAAGCACGCCGACUAUUAUUGGUUCUCAUUCCGCUGGGCGUCCUGCUCUCGUACUUCAUUGGCGGUUUGCAUGAAACCGCAGCCAUGCUCGUUCUAACAUGGAUGUACAACGACCUCGCCGGCGCCGACGAGAAUUACCUCGCGCGUAACCUCCUCAACGCGGCCGGGUUUAUCUGCCAUGGGUCGGGUUCCACCGUUAUUGCAGCCGGAUAUGGCCAGUACGAGCUGAACAGAUCGGCCUAUGUCUGGCUGGGUGUUAUCGGACUGAUCGUCCUCACCACCAUCCAUGUUCAAGACAUCCCCGAUAUCGAGGGCGACGCUGCUCGGGGCCGACUCACGCUGCCAAUCAUCCACGGCCAGCGAGUCGCUCGGAUCUCUGUGGCCGUCGGCGUCGUGUUCUGGUCCGUCGUCUGUCCCACCAUCUGGGGGUUGGAUGUCCUAGGGUAUCUCCUUCUGCUGAGCCCCGCCGGGCUAAUUGCCUAUCGGACCAUGCAGCUGCGGUCGGUGUCGGCGGACGAGGUCACCUAUCAACUGUGGUGUGUCUGGCUGAUUCUGAUCUAUUUGUUGCCGUUGUACAAGAACCCUGCGGUUCUGACGCAGGCCCUAGACUGGGGUUGGCAGUACGGUGCUGCGGCAAUCUCGGGCGAUUCGUGCUUCUAG